AGAGAGCCCAUAAAAUUACAAAAACUAGAGAACAAAAGUCUUUAUACUCUCCCUCUAUCUUUAUAUUUUAUUGCUUUAAUUCUCACACACAAACAAUCACACACUCUCUCUCUCCUCCUAUGUGCCAUUCAGCUAUUGUUUGUGACUGAUUAUUGGAGUGAGAGAGAGCCAGCGAGAGGAACCCACCUCAGUUUGCUUUCAAGGAAACACAUCGAGGAAGCCUUUGGUUGUUUUUAGGGAGAGAAGAAAAGAGAUAAAAAAGAAGCGAUCGAGUUCGGAGAAGGAAGAAGAAAGAAGCAGGGAAGAUCCAUGAUUAUGAUGAGAGAGAAAGGUUACUGGGCACAAUAGAAGAAACAGCAGAGGAAAGUGGAUUAGUGUGAGCAUUGGGCCGGCCCCCACCCAGAAGCUAGAGAGAAGCACAAGUCAUCUCCCUAUCGCUGCUCUGCUCUGCUCGAUCUGUGUUGGUGAUCAGAAAACCAACUCCUUUACACAUAAAAGCCAAAGUGGCAACGCAACCAGAAGCUGCUGCUGCAGCAGUAGAAGAGAGGAAAUAGAAAGAGAAAGCAAAAAAAAAAAAAAAGAAAAAAAGUUAAACUUGAGCUAGAUGAAAUGAAAUGAACAACCUAGCCUUUUUUCCCAUGUCCAUCCAUUUCGAUCGAUCUAUUCUUUUCUUUUCUUAUUGAGUUGCAGAGACCCCACUCCACUCACCACUUUGUUUACAAACACAUAACACCCAGACAUAGAUAUUAGCAGUGUUGACAUGCACUUGCUGAAAUUCCUAUAGCUUCCAUGGAUUCGGAGAGCUAGCCUAGCUCGGCUCUGCUCCCGAUUUCUUCUUUUUCUCUCUCCUUCCUUCCUUCCUUCCUUCCUUCCUUCCUUCCUCUUGUCCUCUUUUAUCUACUGAUCAGAUGACAAGAAGAAGAAGAUAGUAUAUAAAUAAUUCAUGAGUUGAGAUCUAUAUAUAUAUAUAUCCACCGAAUUUAGCUGUUGUUGUAAAUUAAGGGCUUUCAGUUGUGGCUACCACAAGGAGGCUGCCUUCAGAUUCUGGUGCUUUUGCAGACUGGGUGGGGGGCUCAUCAGCUUCGUCUUCGGCUAACGAUCUCUGUCUAGGCUUCAAUGCUGGGCCUACUGCCGGACCCUCCCCCUCUGCCUCAGCCGCCAUGUGGUCGUCAUCAUCAGGCCCUUCCAGGCCCAUCAACUACGGCUUCCCACCGGAGAUGGGUAUGCUCGGCCUUCGAGACGUCUUCCUUGUUGCUCCAGCUGCAGCCUACCACAAUCAUCCGCACCACCACCACCACCACCACCACCCCCCGCACCAUCAACAAGACCUUCUCUCAUCUGAUCAUAAUUCCAUGAAUGGCUCUAAUCCCGCCACAGCUCUCGGCGUCGGCGUCGGCGUCAUUCCACUCCUCACCACCACCCCUUGCCUGGGCCCUUCCAAUACCAACAUGAAUGAUGACAAUGAUGAUGAUGAUGAUCACAACAUGCUGAGCGGUCGCAACAGAAACAGUGCAGGUGGAGGAGGAGGAAGUAUUCACUUGUGGCAGCAGCCGACCCAGCAACAACACCAACUUUUCCUCAAGAAAAACCAGAACCUUCACGGUGGCGCCCAUUUGAUGGUUCAAGGUGGUGGUGGUGGGAAUUUUGGUGCCUCGGCGGCAUCGGCAUCGGCAUCGGCAUCGUCCGCUCUCACUUGUCAAGACUGCGGGAACCAGGCCAAGAAAGACUGCAAUCAUCGGCGGUGCAGGACAUGCUGCAAGAGCCGUGGUUUUGAUUGUACCACGCACGUGAAGAGCACGUGGGUCCCAGCGGCUAGACGCAGGGAGCGGCAGCUCAUGUCCGAGGGAGUGGCGGCGGCCGGGUCUUCUGCGUCUACCUCGCACACUAAUAAUACUAGUUCCAAUGCCAAAAAACCAAGACUGGUUACUUCGCAAAACACAACUCCCUCUCAUACGAACUCCACUUCAAACACUACGCCACCCAGAAGCUAUGACAGUACCUCCAAACUCCAACGCCAAGAUGGUGGUUUUCCAGAGACAAUGCCGGGCCAAGUACGGGCGCCAGCGGUUUUUAAGUGCGUUCGAGUAACGGCCGUGGAUGAUGGUGCAGAGGAUGAGUAUGCCUAUCACGCUGUCGUCAAAAUCAACGGUCAUGUGUUUAAGGGGUUCUUGUAUGAUCAAGGGGUUGAAGGUCAAGGUAGAGAUCAUCAUGGCUUCCCAAAUAUUUCUGAUUUGCAUUUGGGUGGUAGAAGCGGAGGUGCCACUAGUACCCCAACUGGAAGAAAUGGAGGUGCUCCAAUACUCGACCCCGCGGAUGCUUAUGCAGCCGCUGCAGCAGCGGCCUCCACUAGUGGAGGAUUGCUGCUGGGAGUGUCAAACUUUGGUAACUCAAUAAAUUAAAUUGAUGAUCGGUAAUCAUUCUUGUUCCUGGUUUCAGGUAGUAGAUUCAUCAAUGAAAUGAAAGUAAAUCUAUAACAUAAAUUAGUCAAAUUUACUUCUUCAUGAACUAA